AUGUCGGCGCCAAUGCAAGAUCCUGGAGAAAAGUCACUUUCAAAGCUCUUGGCCACACUGAGCACCAUCCUUCACCCUACAACCUACGUUUUCGCGACCGUCAAAGACGAAGCAAAGUUACCACCCGUGUCGGCGAUUCAGCUCUUCUUCCGGGAGGCGGAGGGUCUCACCGUAAUAACGAGCCUUGAUUACGCCAAAUCUCACGGCCUGGAGUACUUCUUUCCUUGCAAGAUGAUUACGCUGGAUGUGACGUCCAGUUUGGAGGCGGUAGGGUUUAUGGCGGUGAUUGCGACCAGGCUGGCAACCAAGAAUAUGGGAGUGAACCCCGUCAGUGGAUUUUAUCAUGAUCAUCUAUUUGUUCCUCUUGGGAGGGAAAACGAGGCAAUUGAGAUAUUGAAAGAGUUGGCAGAGGAGUAG